GCCUGAUAUUAAUGCGUAGGGUAGCCCGAGCGGCGUGGCGGACUUGGGAAAUACGCCAAGCCUAGCUCAGGGUCUCUGUCCAGUUGAACAUCCGUAUGCGUACAUCGAACUUACGUGGACUCCGACUCGCUCCCAACUCCCUCCACCGUCGACUUUCCAACCCGUAACCUUAUUCUCUGCCUUGUUUGCAACGCUGUACCAUGCUUAGUUCUGGUGUUUCUGCGUGAUUCGACUUUCCUUCGCUCCGACGCUCAUUUCCAGAUCCGACACGGCAUUCACCCACCCAUCAUCCCCUGGUGCUGCGCAUGGCCACCCCUUACCUUCGAGUCCCUCACCAAUAGACGACCGCCACCAUGGCGCCCUCCGAGAAGCAGCCCUUCUACGAUCCCGUACCUCCCACAUACGAGCAGUCUCUCGCAGUACGUGGAAGGCAGUAUGACGAUGCAGACGCGCAGGACAACGAACAUGAGUCGCAAGGCCUGCUGCGCUCCGGCGCGCCAAGCUCCUCGCGGAGACCGGAUGGAUACCGCGCCCCGACAGUGGAAUCAGAAGACGAAAGCGACGACAUCGACGGCAUGCUCGAGAGCGACACCGACGAUGAAGACGAGGCUGCGCAGGUGCGACGCGAGAUGCAGGAGAUGGACAUUGAAGAGCCAUCCUCCUCGCGAGGCUCAAUAUGGGGCAAGCGGAUAGGCCUCUCGCUACCCAAAUGGAAAUGGAGUUGGAGGCCGCGGUUGCCAAGUCUACCGCGCAUACGCAUACAGCUACCCCAGCGACCCGACUCUGACGGCGAUAAUGGCUCGGGAGAGGCGGAAGCGCAGGAGGAGAACGUGACCACGAGGCCAGGGUGGCGAUGGAAGAUGCCCGAGGUCAACGGCAUGAUGGCAAUCAUUAUUUUUGCGCGGCUGUUGGCUGCUUUCAUCGUCCUUGGCUUUGUGUACCUGCUCUUCGCCAGCGACAUAUUUGGUUCGUUGAACGGACCCAUGGGCGGUGGGUUCCGUUUCAACCCUGAGGACUUGAAAGUACAUGUCCUCAACAGCGUGGAUCCGAUGCGACUACGCGCCUCAGUGAAGCACUACGCAAGCUACGCGCACAUUGCGGGCUCAGAGGGCGACUUCGCGACAGCGAUGGAUAUGGAGAGCAUGUUUAGCAGGGCCGCGCUGGACGAGGUCAGGCUGGACGAAUACGUGGCGUAUUUGAAUUACCCCAAGGAGAAUGGGCGAGCGGUACAGAUCAUGGAAGGGGACAAGGCCGUCUGGACAGCACAGUUGGACGAAACAGAGCGUCAGAAGGAGACGGCUGGGCGUCAAACAUACGUCUUUCAUGGACUGUCCAAGGCGGGAGACGUCAGGGGUCCAUUGAUUUACGCCAACCGCGGAACGAGAGAGGAUUUUAAGAUGCUGACUGACAAGGGUGUCAAAGUCGAGGGCGCCAUUGCGUUGGUCCGAUAUGAUGAGCCACAGCACGCUGGACUCAAAGUCAAGGCUGCUGAGUUGGCGGGUUUCGCUGGGUGCAUCAUUUACAGCGACCCAGCGGACUUUGACGGCGACGAUGCGCCCAAUGGGCGAUCUAUACCGAAAGACGGCGUUCAGCGUGCAUCCGUCGCCUUGCAGGGCUGGGCCGUUGGCGAUGCCCUGACACCGUCCUGGGGCAGCAGAAAGGGUCUUCCAAGGAUGAAAGUCAAGGAUGCUCCCGGUCUGGUCAAUAUUCCCAGCUUGCCACUUUCCUGGGGUGAUGCGCAGGUCCUCCUCCAGAAAUUGAAGGGCCACGGCGACAAGGUUCCCGAGUCAUGGGAAGGCAAGGUGCCCGAGGUGGAUGAAUACUGGACAGGCGACGACAAGUCGCCCAUCGUCCGCCUCAAGAACGAGCAGGACGAAGAGGAAAAGAAGACGAUCUGGAACGUGAAGGGCAAGAUUAUUGGAAUGGAACAAUCAGCCAAGUCCAUCAUCAUUGGUAACCAGCGCGACUCAUUAGCCUUUGGCGCGGCAGACCCUCACUCGGGCACUGCAAUCAUGGUCGAGAUGGCCAGGAUCUUUGGUGAUCUGAUCCUGCGCGGAUGGCGACCCCUGAGAUCCAUCGAGUUCAUGUCCUGGGAUGGCGGAGACUACAAUCUCGUUGGCUCCACCGAGUUUGUGGAGGCGAACAUCGAGUCGGUACGCGAGGAUGCUUACGCCUACAUCAACCUUGACAAUGUUGUCGCUGGCCGCGAUCUGCAAGCCAUUGGCUCGCCUGUCUUUGAGAAGACGCUGCUCCACGCGCUGGCCAGAAUCGAGGAUCCUAACAUGAAUGUCACCCUGAAGAAUCUCUGGGACGAACAGGCGUCUCAACACAUCGAGGCGCCUGGUCUCGGUGGCGGCUUUGUUCCUUUUCAGCACAUUGCGGGCACUUCGUCUUUAGAUCUCCAAUUCCGUGGCGAUCACUUCCCUAGGUUCUCCAGCUACGACGACUUUGAACUCGUCGAGAAGACCAUCGACCCUGGAUUCGUCUACCACGGACUCAUGGGCCAGAUUGUCGGACUUCUCAUCCUCGAUCUCGCUGACAAGGCGAUCAUGCCUUUUGACAUGGUUGCCUACGGCAACGCUCUCUCGAGCGGACUCGAGGAACUGCAGACCUUCGCUGAGCAACAUGGCGCCGACACUCGAGUGUCAUUCGAAGAUCUCUCCAAGGCCAUCAAGGCGGUGCAAGUAUCCACCACGGCGUUCGCGAGCUGGGAGAACACGUGGGACCACGAGGUCAUGCACACCGCUGGCUGGGAGAGCACCGAGAUGGGCGAGCAGAGGGUGCGAUACAACAACAAGAUGGGCAGCUUUGAUACCAUGCUAUUGGACUUGGAUAAGAUGGGAGGCAUUCCCAACCGCACACAAUACAAACAUGUCAUUUUUGGCCCGCAGCUCUGGUCUCCAGACGAAGAGGCGCAUUUUCCCGCGAUCCGAGACCUCAUCGAGGCCGAAGACUGGGAGGGCGCCAAGACUUUCAUUCAAAAGACAGCAAAGAUCCUCCGGCAAGCUGCCAAGUCGCUAUAUAUGGGCGACGAGGAGGAGGUGGAGGGAGAUCGAUAAGAAACACACGAUAGGCAAUAAUUGCCUGAGGACCAAGAGAUGCGCGUGUAUACACAUGCCACAACGGCAACACCUUUUUUUUUCCCUCACUGAUUUGUAGGACGGAAUCUUGUGUACGAAACGAGACUGGCAUUGCGUGGGAGUUUAUGGGUUUGAAAUCUUUUUGGUAUGAACUGUAUAUUGGAAAGGAAUCGAACAUGAUUCUCAUCUUAACACAUCCGGGUCAUUGAAGUGACAUUGAACUCGCCUGUCGGCGUAUUAUUCAUCGCCCACUCUGAUCUAUCCAGGUGAAAACUCCAUAUACAUGAUAACAGUACACGCCUUGACGGCGAACAUAACAUAACCCCUUUCUAGUAGAGCGGUGUUU